CCUUUAACAUUUCUAUCUGGAUAGGCAAAAAGGAAACUUACAAAUAUGCUGUCUAUAUCAUUUCUAGUGAUUGGAUAUGCAUUUGGAUUAGCAGUUGGCGAUGGCUACCCUGGUGUGACCUACAUUGAGUUUGGUCCUCCACCAAGUCCACCUAGUCCACCUAGUUCCGGCGGAUACCAUUCACCACCAAGCUCGUCUUCAAAUUAUGGUAUACCUCCGCCACCACCUAAUACCCCUGCAGGGUAUGGUCUUCCAGCACCUGAGCCACCUAGUCCCCCUGUAGGAUAUGUUCUUCCACGAGGGCCUCCAAGUUUGCCUUCAGGAUAUGUAGCCCCGCGUGUGCCACCAAGUCAGCCUUCAGGAUAUGUGGCGCCGCGAGUGCCACCAAGUCAGCCUUCUGGUUAUGUUGCGCCACGAGUUCCACCAAGUCAGCCUUCAGGAUAUGUUCCCCCACGAGUGCCACCAAGUCAGCCUUCAGGAUAUGUUCCCCCACGAGUUCCACCAAGUCAGCCGUCAGGGUAUGUCCCCCCUCGAGUGCCACCAAGUCCGCCAGCAGGGUAUAUUCCUCCUCAUUUUGCCCUACCAAGCAAUGGACAACAAUCAUCAAGUGAUACGUCAUCUUCCGACUCCGGUAUAGGUGGAUCAUUUAUGAAUCAUCCUAUGCUAAAUAAUUAUCCAUACUCUGACAACCUACCUCCAGUUGAUUUUGACAUCCCUGAGCCUGCCGAUUAUAUAAUGCCACCAAGAAGGAAGUACCUUGGAGGAUCUGGCGGAAGAAGGAAAAGCGUGCCAUCCUAUUAAUAAAGAUGAGUUUUGAAAAUUUAAAAAAAAUAAUCUAGGUUUCAUAAAGAUGUGUUUUGGAUUUCGUUUGUAUUGUUUGUCGUCGUUAGCAUUUUAAAAAGGGAA